AUGCAGUUCCACGCCCAACAAAACGAUUACAACCAAUUUGCUGCUGCUGCUGCUGCUGCCGCUUAUACACCCAACAUUUACUACGAGCAACAGCAAGCAAUGAUGCCUCCCCACGAUGCACUUUUGUACGAUUUGCACGAUACCUAUGCUCAACACCUCCCAUCUUCAGAUCAAAUGAUUAUUCCCCCACCCAGCUCUACUACCACAACAACAACCAUGAUCCCAAGAGCUGGUGCAUCCGCCUCCAACACAUCCAGCAGCAACAAUCGAAAGCGCCCGAAGCGUAAACAAGUCAAGAAUGCGUGUGUCAACUGUCAAAAGGCGUGCAAAAAGUGUGACGAUGGUCGUCCUUGCCAGCGGUGUAUCAAGCUGGGUCUUACUGCCACGUGCACCAACUCGCCUCGUAAAGAACGCAAGAAGGGAGUUAAGCGUGGUCCCUACAAGAAACGUCAACAACAACAACAACAGCAACAACAACAGCGACGUUCAUCAGGUAAGCAUGACAUGGAAUACUCUUUUACCAAAAACAAUCCAACCAACACGUUGCUAUCAUCAUUAGCCACCACCAGUAACGUUGCCAACAAGAAAGCUGUUGCCGAACAAACGACAUGGGAUGAUGCCAACUUGGCAGCAUUGUCAUACAACAAUGGACCCGCUGAUAAUAUCGUUUAUCCCCAACGUAUUAUUACUCCACCUUUGACGCAACAAGAAUCACCCGUGACAAGCUCACCUUUGUCAGCUGAUGCUGGUUAUGGCUAUGCUACUACCACAACAGCUGUCGAAUGUGAUGGUUCAUGCUCAUCAUCGUCACCUUUAUCUCCCAACUUCCCUAUCAACGCUUGGGAUGAUCCACUUUUCGGUUUGGUGCCUACCGAAAUGGCUGAGCCUAUUAUGGUGCAAGAUUUGGCUUCUGUUCCACCCGCUAUCACACCGCAGUAUCCUCCAGCCUUUGAUGAUGGUGUAGCCGCAGCUUCGCAUGACAUGAUGACCAAGACGCAGCAAUACUAUUAUCCUGUUGUUGAGGAACCAGCCAUGUGCACAUCGUGUAUUCCACAGCAGCAGUCGUUCGACAUGGCCUAUAAUGGCAACCACUAUCAUCAUAUGUACAAUCAACAAAACUACAUGCAGCAGCAGCAGCAGCAACAACAACAACAACCACACAACGGCUACUGGCAAACUUUUCUUACCAACGCCUAA